UGCUCUGACAGUCCUUUUCUACUCGCGAAGCUCACUUCUCUCCCCUACACUCGGAGCUCACCUGCCGACAAAGACACUCAACUAGAGGACUUAGGACUCGACGCAACGCACGUUUUUCGCGCUCGACUUUGAAAGAACUUUUCUGUCCCGCGUGUUGGUGAGAACUCUCGCAGGCGACUUGCUCGUCCUGCGACUUCGCAGUCGCAUCCCAGCUCUCGGACUUUAGUGCCUGUGGGUGCAACUUUAAAAGUUGUCUGCAUUAAUUGACUCUUUAAAACUCUGACUAUUUUUGAUUAAUUGUUUUGAACUGUUUGUGGCAUAGUGCGGAACUGUGUUAUCGGACAUUGGCACUUGUCCAUCUACUUGAACUCUUGCAGAGCGGUUGUAGAGGAAUACCUAGCACACGUGCGAACUGCGAUGUAGAGGUGUUUGCUAGCUCUUUUCAUUUCCGUGCAUUUUGCACCUGUCUUUUUCGCUCUAUUUGGAGGAUAAGGAAGACUUGCAGAAGGUUUUAAAGAAAGAGUGGGAGAAGUAGAAAGAGUGACGAAAGACAAUUUAUUCUUUGCCGCUCCGAACAACUCCAGUCGUUUGCUACGAUAAAAAAACUCUCACUGCAAGAGACACUGAAUUCUCUUUCUCCAGGGCAUUGGAGUAGCAUGUAGAGAAGUUCGUACUCCUUUUCAAGUUUUAGGGCCCGACGAGCCAAGACUGAGCAGAAGCUAGGGUGGCCCUAGGCCCCAGGCUCAGUGGCCCCAAUGACUCGUUCUUCGAUGGAAGUGAGGCACCUGAACAAACGGCUCAGCAAGAGACUGAAAGCCAAGGCUGCCGUGAAUCGGGCUGCACUCAGCAAACAGCUCUUCCAGAGCCUCUUGGCUAAAUCUUUGCUCAAAGGCAGAGGCCUUGCCAUCCGGACUUCGACGCAACAACUACCUUUACCGCUUCCUUGGCUUGCUUUACUGAUGCACCACCCGAUACAGAUGAAGCCUGCAGACAGCGAGAAUCGGAACGAGAGGAAGCUGUUUAUCGGAAUGCUGUCAAAGAAGUGUACGGAAAAUGACGUCCGUAUCAUGUUUGCCUCAUUUGGCAACAUUGAAGAAUGCACAGUUUUGCGAGAUGCAUCGGGACAAAGCAAAGGGUGUGCGUUUGUCACCUACUCCUCCCGGCAAUGUGCUAUCAAUGCUAUAAAAUCCAUGAACCAUUCACAAACAAUGGAGGGCUGCAGUAGUCCACUUGUUGUGAAAUUUGCUGAUACACAAAAGGACAAGGACCAAAAGCGACAUUUCCAAUUAAUGGCAAAUAUAAUGAAUAUGGCCAAUUUGGCUAAUCUUGGAGCAGCUGCUUCACAACCAGGAUUUGGUGCAUUUGCAAAUCUUCCUCAGGUUUCUGGUGGUGGCUUUAGUUCCCUUACCUUGCAACAACAGCUGGCUGCAUUAGCUGCUGCACAAGCAUCUGUGAAUAAUAGCAGCGCAGGUCUUAAUUCAUUGAACAUUCAAAGCCUAGCUAGUCAGGGAGUAAGUCCAAACAUUGGUUUGUCUAAUGCUGGGAGCAAUGCAUCAGAACUUAAUACUGCUAGUUUACAGAGCAUUGCUGCUUUAGCUGGUUUGGCUAAUACCUCUGGUUUGAACCCUGUAGUUAUGCAGAAUUUAGCUGCAUUAGCUGCUGCUGGGAAUUCUGGUACUUCUGGCCUCAGCUUAUCAACACCAAGCAACAAUUCAAGUUCAAGCCCAUCUUUAAGUGGAAUAAACUCCAUAAGUCCUGUCACAAGCAUGGCUUUAGGCUUGUCAAAUUCAUCUUUGGGAAGUUUAUCUGGUGUAAAUGGUAUUGGAGGGAAAUCUGCUCUUUCUACUAAUGGAGCUUCGUUGGAUGCUAUAACGCAAGCAUACUCAGGCAUACAGCCUUAUUCUGCAAUUCCAUUUACCCAAAUAGGUCUUCAACCUCCCAGUCCAGCUGGAAAACAAAUCGAAGGUCCAGAAGGAGCUAAUUUAUUUAUAUACCAUUUACCACAAGAAUUCAAUGAUACAGAUCUUGCCCAAACAUUUAUGCCAUUUGGCAAUGUAAUUUCGGCCAAAGUUUUCAUUGACAAGCAGACCAAUCUUAGCAAGUGUUUUGGAUUUGUGAGUUAUGAUAGUCCGAGUAGUGCUCAGACUGCAAUCCAGGCUAUGAAUGGAUUCCAGAUUGGUAUGAAACGCCUCAAGGUUCAGUUGAAACGUUCUAAAGAUGCAAGCAAGCCAUAUUAAUUUGGAUUGGUGUAUUUUUCUGUCUGUACAAUUUAUGACUGCCUGUUUUGGUGAAUUAUACGUGCCAUGCCAUGUGUUAUCCCGCUCCUAUGGUGUACAACCGUCUCCUUGUCCUUCUACCUGUCAUGUCACCCUUGACCCCUUGUGGUCUUCUGGCUCAGCAAUGAUAAUUUUUGUUCAUUGGGAAUCAAAGGAACUGCUUCAUUACUGCAGCUGUGCUUUGUAAUCAAAUGCCAUGUGCAAAAAAAAUCAUUAAAAAGGAAGAUCCGAGGCUUAAUAUUUUGCAGAGCAUCAUUGUUCAUAACCGUCCCUUGUACAGAGCUUGGCAUGUCAAAUUGGUGUGUUUAGUAUACCUAAGUUGUCUUGUUUUCUUUAUUUAAUGUUUUCUCUUAAUUUGUUUACAAUAACCGUAAUUUUUAUAUGUUUUGGGAAAUUUCUUAAGAUUCUGUAUUCUAAUUUUUGCUUUGCAAUGUUAUAACUUAGCUUUAUGUUGAAUGUAAUCAUUUGCCAUGUUUAACUUCUUAUAGUAAAUAUUAAUGUUAUUUGUCACCUAUGUGUUUAUAUGCUGUAUUUGUUGUAACUUAGAGGUGCUUUCAGGAAAGCUAGUCGAUAUAUAAUUGUGGGAAAAGGCAUAUGAAAUUCCUGUAUUUGAUAACCCUCAUUGACCAAAAUAUUUAUUGUGUGGGACUUUUUAAUCUACUCAUUGUGCAAAUAUAUUUUGCUCCUUUUGUGUCCACACAAGCACUGAAUUCUAUAUCUAGUCUGUAAUGUGUGUAAUUUGUGGCUAUACUUGAUAUAUAUUAAGAUGUAAGUAUAUACGUACAUACAUAUAUAUAUCUGAGAUUACAAUACAAAAAAAAAAUGUAAUAUUUACUAAAUGUAACUGUUUGCCUUAAAUGUUCAUUGUGAAAAAAGUUGGUCUUAAUUUUGAAGAAAAAAAAAAUUGAUACUUAUAACUUUUUUUUUCCCAUUUUCAUGCAGUUUUUGUUUUUAGCAUCACCAUUUAUGUAUCUUACAUGUACUGUUGGUCAAAGUGGCCAGCAUUUCGUGUAUUUUGAUGCCUUUUUAUGGCAUGACUUUUGUAGAACAUCUUGUAAUAGUUCAAUGCACAAACAUUGUAUUAUGACACCAUAAACAAACUAACUCAUCUUGAAGUAAAAUGUUUUAUUUCAUACUUGAUAUGAGAAGCUCAAAUGUUAUAAAUGCAGAAAAAGAAGAAAAUCAUUUAUAUUCCUCAUGAUAUACGAGUGCACAAUUCACUUUGUCUGUGCCAAAUUACAAGAAUGCGUAGACUCUAGGUAUUUUAGAAGUUGGCUGCUUUGACCUAAAAAUUUCUUGCUCUUGCGAAGUUAUGUUAUUAACUCAAUGUUUUGUGUGUAUAAAGAGUUUUUUUAUCACAUUUUAAAAUUUUGAGCUUGAAAUUUUAAUAUUUUCGGGAGAUUUUAUUAAUAUGUCAAGAGCUACUGAUUGAAUAAGUCUUUAUUCUUUUCUCUUGAAUGUGAUAUCUGCCAUUUCUUAGGGAAGAGAAUGAUAUAUUAUUGUCAAGCCCUUGAAGUUUACUUUGGGUGGCAAUAUGUACACAGUUUCACAAAACUGAUAGAGUAGUUGUGCACUUUUCUUCUUUUAAGAUGUUACUUUCUGCAUUAAACAUAAGAGUGUUUGAUCUUAUGUUCUUAAAUUCACUAAGGUGCUUUGUAUAGGUAAAGGAUUAGUGAGUGAGUAAUUAAAAUUUUUAAAGAAAUAAAUGGAGAGAACCUUUAGUAAACCCACUUUUUCAUUAAAAUUUUUACUGAUAAUGUGAGAAAACUUCUGUUUAGAAAUCGUAGUUUUUUUUUAAAAUUCCAUUUUUUUUCCCUUUGUUUAACAGAAAUGGUUAUUAGUUUUCUUUGUAAUGCUUUUUGAAACAUAUAAUAAAAAUAAUAAAAAAAUCUAAACUUAUAUUUAUACAAGAUGUUUUCAAAAAUUUUCGAUUUACACAUAACUUUAUUUCUCUAUUCUAACUUAUUUCUUCUUUCUAUCAGUUAUUCAACAGCACUCACUUCAUUUAGUUUGCCUAAAUGCAAUCGGUAAUACAGAUAUGUCUGAAAAUUCUAUGAAAUUAAUAUGGGGUGACCUUGUAUUGAAAUUAAAUAUGAUAAUCUUUGAUGUUAAAACAUUUUGUUACUCUAAACCUUUAAAAACAUAUUGUUUAUUAUAAUGGUUAUGAUUUAUUUGUUUAUUUUUUGUUUAAGAAUUUAUUUCAUUUUUACAUGUAACAUUGCAAAGCUUUUAAUUAAUCUCUACAAUGUCACAUUUUUCACUAUUGUGAAAGUUAAAAAUAUGUGUUUUUGGUUAUCUUCACUUGUUUUCUCGUCUAAUUUCAUCUUGAAAGUACUGUAGAUAACUAAAAUGAGGAAAAGUCGCUAAUAUGUAUCCGUAUGAAAUUUAAAUGACGAAUUUUCAAUAGCAGAAUUCCUUAGUUCUCAUAUUUAAAAGAAAGAAAAGAAAGAUUUUCUUCCUUGAAACAAAAAUAAAAAAAUCUAGAAGACAAAACUUUAUGCAACAGAAAAACAACUAAAUGUACAGCUUAGUUAGAAAAGUUUUUGAGUGAUUUUGUUUUAUUUUAUGUAAGUCAAUCACAUUUGUAUUACUUCUCAAGUUUUUGAUCUUUAAAAUGUAAGUUACAAAAUGUUCUUACUUCAUUUAUGAAAUCAGUUGUAGUAGGUCAUACAAUAUCUGUUUUAUGUCUUCUUAACUACACAUUUAUUCCAAACUGCUUUUAAAUGCACAAGUAAAGCAUUUUUGAAGAUUAGGGACUUUAUGGAAGUAUUUAAAUUUUUAGAAAAUAACCUUGGUCACCCCAUAAAAUUAUUUAUUAUUUACACUAAAAAUUGCAUCUUUUGCAGACGAAUAAUAAAUUACUUGUCUAUUUUUAAAGAAAAUAUGCAAUUACCUUUUAUCAACUACAAAAGUAUUAGCAUAAAUAAUGCAGAUAUGUAUUUUUAUCAUCAUGUAUAAAUGUUGUACUGUCUUAAAACAGAUUAAAAGGAAACUCAUUAAAUGUUGUUUAUAUCUAAAUUAUAAACUUACAUCAAAAGAAAGCUUAUUUUUGUGAAAUUUUUUUAUUGUACAAUGCUUUUCCCUCUUUAUACUGGUUUGAUAAAAAUAAUAAUAAUCUUUAUAUUAGCGAUAUUUCUGAUCAUAUCUCGUUUCAGAAUAAGUUUGAAUUGAUGCAAAAUACAGCACUAUUAAAUAUGUAGUAAAAUGCAAGUUGUACAGUUUUUUAUAUUGAUGUUACAAUGCUUCAUUGGCCAAAGUUUAAUUUUAAUGAUAUUGUUUUAUGUCGAUUUUCCCCGGUGCCCUUGAAAACACUUGAGAUGUGUGUGUUGUUUUUUCUGCCCGUGUUAUUCCCUAAUGUAUUUAGAAUGCAAGUAAAUUUAAUUUCAAAAUUUUAUUAAUCUUUUGAACAAGUUAUGCUCUUAGAAGUGUAUGCAUGACUAUUCACCAUUAAAUAUAUUUUUGCACUCUUUGAGUUUAUAUAAAGUGUUGUAGUUCUUAAUUGUUAGCUUUAAACAAGCUGCAAACUAGUAACUGUAUUCUUUAUUCGUUUUCUGAUUCCACUAUUAGUGUCUAUUCUCAGUGUUCCUUAAGGUCCUUUAUAGGACUUCGUAUUGUGCUUCUUAAUGACUUUUCAUGAUCUUAGUGGUUUGUACUUUUUUUUGGUUAUGUUUAAUCUUGUACAGAAGGGGCAACACCAGAUAGUGGCAUUUCUGUAUUGCAAUGCCUUAUCGACUUUUCACUGUCCCAUUUCCGAUAACGCAUCAUUGAGAUUUGCAUAUGUACAGAAGAGGGGAAACAAGAAAAUUAGAAAAAAUUAGACUUUUCUGGGUAUGCUGGUCACACAGAGGACAGAGACAUAUAUAUUAUUAAAAGAUGAAACAUUUUA